AUGAGAGAUCACCAAGACUUGAAGAUCACUCAAAUGACUAAAAUCUUCAGUGAUCUCAACGCUUACGAGUUCGAGCAUGAGCCCAAAGAAAUUGAGGAAACGGAAACCAGAAAUAUCGCUCGCUCUGACGAACAAUUUGCCUUGUUUUUGCAUAAGUUUAAAAGGUUUAUAAGGAAGAACAAUUUCCAAGAACUUCAAACGUUUCCAAGCUCUUCCAACCAAAGGCACACCGAAAGAACACCUCAGUCUUCAAAUCAAGGAACGGUAGAUGCAAAAGUGCUAUGCUAUAAUUGUCGGAAGCCAAGACACUACAAAGCAAACUGUCCUCAUCUUAUGGUCCGCAAGUACCAAGACUUGGAACCUAGCACAAGCUCACCGAAAGAUGCUACUGAAUCCAGCAAAAGAGGUGGAAAACAAGAAUCAAGUCAUUCACGACACCAAAGAAGAAGGAAAGCAAUGGUUGUGAAUGAACCGACUGAAGUGGCUGAACCCGAAACCAGUGCCUCAAGUUCAAGCUCAGAAAGUGAAAGUUUGGGAGAUGAAAAGGGACUUUUGUGUCUCUUCAGUCGAGAGAAAGAUGAAAGUGAUAUGUGUCUAAUGGCCAACAAUAAUGAGGUAAACUCUCAAACCUCUUCAUCAACUCAAGUAGAAACUAGCUCGGACAGUGAAGGAAAUCCAAAUGAAAAAAUCUUUGAGAUGAUGAUGGAUUUCGAGGUAAUUAAAAGCACAUACUCCAAAUUAAAAGAAGAGAACUCUCGACUAUUGAUCAGCUAUGAUGAGCCAAGACGCGUUAGAAUCAAUAACAUCAAGCUAGCCAUCGCCAAUGAUCAGCUCGAGAAGCAAGUUCUUCUUCUUAAGGAGUAG